UUUAACGCGAUUUUAUUUCUACCCACUAAUGUGUUUUACACGCUUCAAUACAUUUCAACAAAUUGUUUUACUCCACGAGGCGCAAUAAACCAUCCAUUGUACUGUACUCCGCAGGCAAUAGAUGAGCUUUAAACAAGCCCGCAAUACAGCCCAUCCAGUGCGUAAACAACGGUCCGUACGCGAUGAGCCCCGUCUGGUUGGUGUUGAUGAUCGUGGCAGCACAAACGCUCGGAUUAGUGGUGUGUAGCCGCCGCCAGCAGGGGUCGUCGUACCGCAUCGUCAAUGGGACGUACGCAGUCAUCGACGAUUACCCGUUUCUGGUGUCGGUUCAGCGAUGGAGUAAAAACGAAGGCUCGCACAUCUGCGGUGGAACGUUCGUGAGCGAUCAGUGGAUACUGACCGCAGGGCAUUGCGUUGAUGACCCCGAGUUCCGCCAAGGUGGCAUUGUGCGGGUAGAGUCGUCCUUCCACGCUUCCGGUGGCGUCUUUCUCCCGAUCGAGCGUACGGUGCUGCACGAUAGCUUUGACUACGGUAGUCCCGGGAUUGAUUACGAUUAUGGGUUGAUUAAGCUGGUGGCACGAUUCGUACGAGCGGUACCAGUGCGUCUGGUGACGUCCUACAAACGCUUUCCGCCGGGUGAGCUCUGUACGGUCGUUGGCUGGGGCAUGACGAAGAAAACGGGCGACCGGGAGCAGCUCCGUAUGGUGCGGCUGCCGAUUGUGCGGCAGGAGGUGUGCAAGGAGAUUUAUGAGGGCUGGGAGACAAUCACGAGUCGCAUGAUCUGUGCCGGGUAUGCGGCCGGGGGUCAAGAUGCGUGCGAGGGCGAUUCUGGCGGACCGUUGCUGUGCCUGGGCAUCCAGGCUGGCAUUACCUCGUGGGGUGUGGGCUGUGCCAAAGCAAACCGGUACGGAUUUUACGCAAACGUUGCGAAUCAGCGCGACUGGAUACGGAAGCACACGGGAGUUGAAGUUAGCGCAAAGCAAAAAAUGAGCUUUCGCAUUGUGAAUGGAACGGAAGCAACCAUAGUGUCCUACCCGUACGUGGUGUCGAUCCAGCGAUGGACGCCAAGGGUGAAGCAGCACAUUUGCGGUGGCACACUGAUCAGCGAAAGUUGGGUUCUAACGGCGGCUCACUGUGCAGAGUAAAGCGCUCCCUAGUGUUGUUGAAAUUGUUUGUAUAUUUUUACUGAUGCUCUUACCUCAUCCAGCAAGAUCUCCCCGACGUCGGUAAUGGUGCGCGCCAACUCGUCGUUCUUUAACCGCGGCGGCAAGCUGCAUCGGGUCGAGAAGGUGAUCAAGCACGAGCGGUUUUCGUACGCCACCGGAGACUACGAUUUUGGGUUGCUGAAGCUAAAGCAACGCUAUCGGCGUGGAACGUUCGUUAAGUUGCCGGAGCGGCGUAGACGCUUUCCACCGGCCGAACGGUGCACGGCAAUGGGCUGGGGUGAAACGUUGGGCCGCGAAUCGAGGGAGCAGCUGCGGCAGGUUGUGAUGCCGAUCGUGUCGCAGGCGGUGUGCCGGAAGGCGUACGAAGGGACGGACGAGAUUACAGCGCGGAUGCUGUGCGCGGGCUAUCCGGAAGGGAUGCGCGAUGCGUGUGAUGGAGAUUCUGGAGGACCGUUAAUUUGCCGGGGCAUACAAGCGGGAGUAAUUUCGUGGGCGAUUGGAUGUGCGCAGCCGAACAAAUACGGCGUUUACAGCAGCAUUGCCGAGGGUCGUGAGUGGAUUCGGAACCAUACUGGUGUUUAAGAAUG